AUGAGAAAUUCAAUAGAUUUUCCGGGAAAAUCCUUAUCUGGGCAAUCAUCCCAACGGCGGCGGCGGGGGAAAUUUCGAAAGCUCAAAGCUCAAUAUGUUUUUCGGGAGUACUGUGAAAAGUCCUCAGUGCACGGAGUGAAGUAUUUCGCCGAAGAGGGUCGUCCAACUUGGGAAAAACUCAUCUGGAUUGCCCUCUUUGCCCUCUCACUCUUUGCAUGCGGAAAAAUGAUCGAACGUGCGUACAUGAAGUGGAAAUUGAGCCCAAUAGCUGUGACCUUUGCCGAAAAAGCUGUUCACAUUACGCAAAUUCCAUUUCCAGCUGUUACCAUUUGCUCAUCCGUUAAGUUUCGCAGUGAUGCCUUUUCCUUUGAACAGUACACGAAUUAUCCGAAAAAAUAUCCAAAAUGGAAGGAAAUUUAUCGGAAUUUGGCACAAUUGUGUGAAAACUACGAUCCCCUUCCGGGGAAUUUGGACGCGGAUAUUUUGGAGAAGAUUCGUGAGUACAGUCCGAAUGAUUCAGAAAUGAUUAAAAUGAUUACCUUCCAAGAUGAUCAGCUAAAUGGUUCGGAAGUUUUCUACGAGAGCUUCACAAGUCAGGGAUUGUGUUAUACCUUCAAUCGUCUGCCCCUGUUUGACUUGUACACGCCUUCAUGCGUUUUCAGUCAGCAAAAUGAAUCCUUUUCCUUGGAUGUUAAAGUGAAUUGGACCGUUGAAUCGGGCUUUGCAAAUUAUCGCGAAUCCUACCCAUAUCGAUCAUCAAAUAUAAGACAAGAAAGUGGUCUAAUACUCAUUCUGCAAAUCCCAAAGAAGGAUAUUGAUACAACGUGCCAGAGUUCCGUUGGGUACAUCAUUCAACUUCAUAGUCCAAGUGAUGUCCCACGAAUGGAUGAGCAUUCUGUGAUAAUUCCAGUUGAUCGAUAUGCUCAAAUAUCCGUUGAACCGCAUCUCAUUAAUACACCAAGGAACAUUGAGACUUACCCACCUGAGCAGAGGCAGUGCUUCUUCAACAGUGAACGGCAACUCCAACAUUUUCGUAUCUACAGCGAGAGGAAUUGCAAAAUGGAGUGCCUAGCUAAUUGGACUCUAGGUCUAUGUGGAUGCGUAGACUUCUAUAUGCCCAGAAACAACAGUGUCCCUAUUUGCGGUCCUAGUUCAAAAGACUGCGUCGAAAAAUGCUUGACGCUCAUGGACCGUCCAGAUGCGGAAGUAAACUUUAACUGCAACUGUAUGCCAGCCUGUGUUACCCUCUCCUACACUACUGACCUCACGCACAGUGCCAUCAACUACGACACCAUCGUAACGUCGGUUGAUAAUCAAAAUCAAGGGAGAAUGGAUAAGAAAUUCCACAUUUACGUCAUGAUCUACUUUGCUGAGAACAAAAUUUACGCCAUGCAGCGAUCUGAGCUAUUUGGUCUGACGGACUUUGUCUCGAGUGUUGGUGGCUUUUUGGGGCUCUUUAUGGGAAUUUCGGUGCUUAGUUUGGUGGAAAUUAUUUACUUUGCCUCUGUUCGUUGGUUCCAGAAUCUUCCUGCUAAACGUCCGCAGUCUGGGACAUUUGUACGUUACCACAAGGAUGGUCAGUUUAUGCAGAACCUCUUUGUGGUUACUCCGCACAGUACACGUCAUCAUUUGGGGGGAAGUGGUAAAUUCUAG